GAUGGCGAUGCGACCUUUUCGCUGCUGUUGCCCCAUGGCUAUCGCUGCACCGGAGCUGGUACAGCUCCGGAGACCUUGCGUCUUUUUGGUUCGGCCAUUCCACAAGGCCGUGGCUCGUUGGAGGCUAAUGCGUGGGACUUUGAUGGUGCAACCUGCAGAUAUCGCUUACGCGCUGGGGAGCUGAUUCCGGCUGGGAGCAGUGUCUAUGUGCGAGUGACCGUGGAUCAGCCGCAAAGCGUGUUGCCCUUGGGCGGAGUGAACCGAUGGAGCCUGCAGUUGCGUUCUCGUGGCCACUACCGCGUGCAGAUGCAAGAGCUGCCACCCGGCCACUUUGUGGAAGGCACCAACACAGGAGCUGCCGUCUCGGUGCUCGGGCGCUUGACGCAAAGCUUGGUGCCCAGCACCUUCCAAGCCUCAGCCGCCGCCAGGCUUUACGUCUUCUUCCAGCCGGAGCAAUCCAGUGGCUAUGGUGGCCAUGUGCGCGUGGCUGCUCCUCGGAGCUUUCACUUCGGCAGCAGCUGUGGGGUGCAACGCCUUCCGGAGGCCUACUACCGCAUCGCCAAUGACAAGCAGGAUGCUGUCUACCUGCCUGUGGUGCAAAGUUGCGUUGGACUUUGCACCCACGUGGAUGGCUGUGAAGGCACAUCUUUGAACACGGCGAAGAUUUUGCUCGAGAACCCUGUGCUUCCAGAGUUUGCCUACGGCUUUGAGCUUUCUCUUCAGAAUCCAGCGGCGUUUAGCAUCACCGAUGAGGCCUCCUGGCAGAUUUGGACCACCGACGCCUUUGACCGGCCACUGGACGCCGCCAACCCAGCGAAGCUGAAUCCAGAAGGUGGUUUGGCCUGGGGCGUCUUUCAAGAAGGCACAGCGGUGAUGAGCUCCUUGUCGCUCUCCUCGCUGUGGCCCAGUGCGGUCACCGGAGCCUCCGUGUUGCUCACGCUCAUCCUGCAGGUCACUGUGAGCUUUACAGCAACGGCGCGCUUCAUCAGCCCAGUUGGUUUCAACAUGGAUCCAUCCACCUUCCAGUCGAUGUCCGUCUCAGUGGCCGGGGCUGAAGCAGAUUGGCCUGGAAGUCUACUGUCAGGCACAGCUGCAUAUGACGCGGAGCCCCAAAACACGCUGCUGUGGAGUGCAGCAAGCUAUGGCAGCGGGCAAGUCAUUGGCUUUUCAGUGGCGACGGAAGUGCCUCGCUUCCCCGUGGCGACCAUGUGGUCGGCCGGAGUCCUGCAGUUUGGAUGGGACGCUGCCACACUGGCAGAACGGCCCUUGGCUUUAGUGCUGCCCAUGGAACAGGUCCGAAGCAUCAUCAAUUUCCGCGUGGACUAUUUGUCCAACGUGGUUGCUGCUCGACAGCGGAUCUAUGUGUCACUGGAGACGAUGUCCGACAUACCCAUAGGUGGACGUUUGCUUCUCACCGCACCCAGCGUCUUCGACUUUCAAAGCUUGUGCUCGGUCCUGGCAGUUCCAGGGGAGGCGCCACCCUCUGGCUGGGAGACCUUGGUGUGCGAGGCAUUUGCCGGAGAAAUCACCUUGAGGCCGAAGAGCCAAGAGCUCGUGGCUGGAGUGAUCCGAUUUGCUUUGGACGUGUGGAAUCCUGAUGAGCCUCUCACCAGUCGCACUGGACAUGCCACGCCUUGUGGGCAUGAGAACUGCUGGAAGGUGGAAAUCUACAACACCGUGGGAGGUCAACUCGAUGCCCCGGCUUACACGGCCAGCUUCCCGGUGAAUGUGGCCAUGCCCCAUGCACAGCUGGUGGAUUUGAAUACAGCCCAAAGGUAUGCCACUGGAAGGAACGAUCGUCCUGGUCAGAGAAACAAGCUCAUCUUCGCCUUCUCGUUGGCGCUCUCCGCCGCCUCGGGCACCUUGCGUCUCAUUGGGCCUUUCGGUUUUGCCUUCGACCAGGACUGUUUGCCCGGGCUCAGUACAGCCCAUGGCCCUGGUGGAGUCUUUGGAACCCUCGGCUCUUUGCCUGGCUUCCAUGCCUGGGAGACGGCGGCACAGGUGAAUUCUUGCGUCGGACUGGGGUCCCGAGCUACGAUGCACGUGGAUCUGGGUCUUCGUCCCAAUCGCCUUUAUGCUUUCCGGGUGACCGUGAUGAAUCCAUUGGAGCUUCCAGAUCCAAACACCUGGAGCUUGGAGUUGGCACGCGAGAGCGCCGUGUCCUUCCCCAGCUUCACCGUGUGGAGCUUCACGGACAUCUCAUUGACCCCGAAGCUCAGGAGCAUCAGCGACGCCAAUGUUCCACCGAAUCCAGUGACGCUGCGCUUUCGUCCACACAAGGACGUGCGCGGAGAUCCUGCCGGAGGUGGCAUGCUGCGCCUUUCGGUGCCAGACGCUUAUGCCGUCGCUCGGAAGUCGGAUGGUGCUUGUGAGGACUUCUUUCUGCAGGAUCUCACCGCCAUGGUCCUCUUCAAUGCAGGGAGCGAUGUCACGUGCACUGCAGGUGUGACGAGCCUGUCGUUCGUCUUCGUGGCACGGCGCUUGGAUCCAGGGCGGCUUUACGAGCUCAUUAUGCAGGUGAUCAAUCCCGCGCAGAUUCCGGCGUCCACGGCACCGUGGAUCGUGUGGACCUUCAGCGAUGCUUCAGGUAGCGAGGAAGUGGCACUGGAUCGGAGUAGCUUUCCAGGCUUCCGACCCACGUUCCGGCUUUCCACCUGGGAGGUGAACGGUCCUGCCACGGAGCAGCAUGCUGGUCAAAGUGCUGUGGUGGAGUUCUCCUUGGCAUCCUCCACUAACUUGGGGCAGGACAGCCAGGUGUUGAUCCGUGCUCCCGGUGGAUUCGACCUCACCAGUCCACCCGACUGUGGCGAACUGCCCGGCAGCGUCUUGGGAGGAAGUUCGACCACCGUGGGGCGAGCCGUGUCACUCCAAGCCUGUGCGCUGCGCGUGUGGCGGGAAAUGGCGGAGGCCGAAGCUGCCAGUUGGAGGAUUUGGGAUGGCAGCUGUCAGGGUCAUCGAGAUGUGGGCAGUCUGCAACUUUGUGAAGAGGAAGAUUGUUCAGAUGUGAUGCAACAGGUGUGCAACUUGCAGCUGACGUCCAGCACGUGCCAUGCCUUCCGGAUCCUGGCUGGCAGCGCCGUCGCCGCACGACCGAGCUGUAGCAAGGAGCUGUUGGUGCUGGUGCUGGGUCAGGGUGAUGAGAUUGCAGGCCAGUUGCAUUUCCAGUUGGAGGUGCAGAAUCCUAUGAGCAACCCUGCUUUGGUGAACAGCUUUUGGAUCAUCGAGGUGACGAGCCCUGCGAGCAGUGAGCAAUCGGCAGCAGCCAAGUCUUGGCGUAUCAUUCCGCAGCUGGUGCAGUGCCAAGUGAUCCUCCUGGGCCCUCACCUCGCAAGUGGCAGUUCCAGCACAUUGGAGGUUCAAUUGACCAGCCCUGUGCAGGCUGACUCACUUCGCGUGGACGCCCUCUCAGCCGGCUUCGAUCUCAGCGCUGCGGAAGCCCCAAACCUACUCGCAUCAGCUGAGCUGUCGGUGACGGUGAGCCACAGCAUCAGCGCAGGAGAGCCUGUGUCCGUCCGCCUCAACCUCAUCCACUUGGGGCAAGCAGGAGCUGCGCGCUUCGCAGUGGCGGUUCUGAAGGACAGCAUCAAAGGACAAGGCCGACCACAUGGCGAGCAUCGGGUGUGGCCUGUGCUGCACUCGGCGAAGUGCACUGCGAUACUUCACCAACCAGUCAGCCGCUUCCAAGUUUCAGCCGGGUGGCGGGUGAGCUCGUGUGGCAGACUUUGCAGCACUCACAUCCAGACGUUUCCUGGGGGGAGAGACCAAUCCAGACGAGUAUAG